CACGUAUGGCCACAAGGAAAAGCCCUAGAAAGAAACAUCUGUCAGGGUCGGCUGGACCCUCUUCCACUGAACUGGCUUCUUUUGUGAAAACAAAAGGAUCAAAGACUUUGGAAGUGGAGAUGAAGGAAUCACAAUUGGAAAACAGUACGGAGUGGACACAGCACUUGGCUGAAAUAUCAGACCCUCCAGAGACCACUUCUGUCAGGGAAGUGAAGCCAAAGAGAUGCAGAAAAGCUCUUCAGACAAACAAAGACUUAGAGGCCAGGGGGAAAUGUGAUAUACAGAAUGCUAAAGAGAGAAGACCUGUGAGGAAUAAAAGGGUAAAAAACAAUGGCAUCACUCUGGAAGUAAACCAGGAGGAAGAAAUAUUUGUUCAGGUUAGGAAAAAGAGGAGAGGGUUUUCUGCAAUGCAACCUCUCCAAGACUCAAAUGUGUCUGUUGGUACUAAUAAUGCUGCAGAUGGUGAGAUGAGAAAUUCUGUCAAAACCUCAGAUCAAAUGGGACAGGAUAAGAUAAGUCGUUUGAGAAAAAAUGUAAAAUGUAGGACGUUGCUGACCUCUAGCAAUGAAGAUGAUGCCACUGAAACUACAUCCUCUCAAAAUGGCAUACAUAAUGUCCUGAUUGACAAGACAAUGAAUGGUCCAUCAGAACCUCAACAUAUGCAGUCACUAGAGCCUGAGGUGAGCACUGAAACUCGAAAAACAAGACGGCAUCUUAAAAGUACUGGUGUUUUGUUGCAGAGGAGAAACAUUAAUUUGCCCAAGCACAAGUUUGAGGACUGCGUGACUUCAGUGGUUGAUCCAGCAGGGCCAAAUAAACCUUCAAAAAGAACACUACUGCAGAGUGAACGGUCUGUUGUUGCAGCUGAGAAGCAGGAGGCAUGUAUUUCUGAGCUGAAAGCAGAAGAAGACAUACAGGAGAUUUUGCCACUUGUUUCAACAGCUCAGGUGGAUUCAGAACGAAAACUAAGCAGACCCACAAAGAAUUUAAUCCGACCAAGAAGAAAAGAAGUUUCCAUUGCAAAAAGGAUAGGUGCUGUUGGGGGUAACAAUGAAGCAGAGAGCCAAGAAAAGACAAUGGAAGCUGUUCCAGUACUAUCAUCGUCAGGUAGCGGUCCCAAGCGCCUCCUGCGCAGCUACUCCUGUCCUGAAAUCUCAUCCCUAGGAUUCAGUGACUGUCAUUUCCCCCAGUCCCACAUGCAUGCCAUAAGCACUACCUCACCCAGCAGAAAGAGCUCACCCACACCACUGCCCAUCCACCUUCACUCUCCGUCCAAGCGCACUCGCCGGCACACCGUCUGCAGUGUGGAGAUUGAGCGUGAAAUUGCCCCUUUGUGUCUCCGUAAGGAGGUGUACCCCUCUUCCCCUUAUUCUCCCUCCACCUCCCUCACAGCCCUUGCCUCGUGUUUUUUGUCCAGUCCUUUAGCGUUCUUGUCUAAAAGCUCAAGCCAAGGGCAUAGUUAUAGUAGUGCCACCAGCUCUGGCUGUGUUUCAGCUGCCUCCAGUUUUAACAAAUCAUCAUCAGCACCGUCCUCUUUCAGUCCCCCCUUUUCUUCCACCCUCCCGUCCUGUCAUGCUUUAAACGGCCCCUCCUCUGUCACUCCCAGCCCUGUGACACCUUCCACCUCUGUGUCAUCAAUCUGCAGUUCUUUGGAAGGAGACAGUCGAUUGCAUCAAAUGGAGUGUGAGGAAUCAAUAGAUGAAGAGAGAUCACACUUUGACCUUAAACUCUCUGCGGCCUUCUCAGCAUUAUCAGACUCUGAAAUCAAGACCGAGAUCAAGGAUGGCCAGAGUGGAAAGGUGUCCUCAAUUCGUAUCCGUAAAAAGAUUCCAAAGCCUCAGAAUAAUCUCACCCCUAUGGGCCUUCCUAAGGUCAUCAGAAUAAAGAAGAAGGAUUUCAGCUUGGAAGAGAUCUACACAAAUAAAAACUUCAGCAAGCCUCCUGAUGGACGUUUGGAAACCAUAUUUGAGGUGCCUCUUAACCGGCGUGAUGGCUCUCAGGCUGUCCUGGGCCAAAAAAAGGUGAAGCGCUUUGUCGAAUUCCCUGAAUUGGGUGUUGCCAGGAAGCCCAAGAAACCUCUGGUUGGCGUAAUGGCGGGGGGCGGAGCCCAGAGGAACGCUGGGUUCAGUAGAACCAGACGAGGGGUCGGGGUCUCUUCCAGAGCAGGGGAUGGCCUCAUCCUGCAGCAGCUGGAGUCCCUCCUUUGCUCCAAGCUUGAGGAGUUGGACACCUGGAUGGCACUGCAGCAGGUUGUGGGAUGAGGCAGAGCUCUUAAUUGUUCUGUCCCGAACAAUGGGAUUUGUAGGUAUUAUGUUAAAAUUUACUGUAAAUUUGUCAAAGCCGCAAUAAAUAGACUUGUAGAGUUGUAACAUGUUUUUGAUUACUUAUGUUAUGUUUAUCUGAUGUGACCAGAAACAACUCUGUUUUGUAUUUUUAUAAGCAUUUAAAGAAAGCACUUGUUUACAAUAAUCUGUGGCAUAUGUUUAAGAUAUCUCUAAUUCCUCACAAAGUAAGAGUCACCAGGUCACUAUUAAAACAUUCCUCUCUCAGUAUAUUCCUCUUUUAAAACACUUCUUUGGUUUAAAUGAAUGCCUUAUUAAUGCACUCUCAGGAUGGCCUGUGUGUUUCAUUAUAAGGGAGACUGCACAAAGGCGUUGAAGUGACAGCACUGAAUACAGGAGUUACCAGAGAGAUGAAAGUUUGCAUUGUUCAGUUUGAAAUUAUGCUUUAUAGUUCUCAUCUAGAAGAUUAAUGCAUUCUGUGCUUUUACUCAGGCACUCUAAAUCUAGUCCAUUCACUUAAUUUAGGCUUUUGUUCAUCUUUGAUGUAGUGAUUUAUAAUACUGUUUGGGAUGUUUGAACAUGUUGAAUGAUGAGUGUGUAUACUUUGAUAGAUGUCUGCAUUCUGUAUUCAUAAUAGAAUAGGAUUGAACUAUUUUGUAUUUUAGUGUUUUGUCGAGUUGUUAGAGGUUUACAAUGAGCAGCUGCGUUUUGACUGCUACACAUUUUAUUACAAAGCCUGAAAUACAUGCAUGUACAAAACAUCAAAAGCACAUAGUAUUGAAACAGUAUGACUUAUUCACAAAAACAGAAUGUUAAUAAUGUAACCACAUCCAUAUCUCAGCAUUUGAAUGUUAUGCUCUCUGAGUGUCUCAGUGUUUCAUUUCCAAUUGGCAGUAAGAGCAUAAAUAAAAUCAGCUUGCUGAAGUGUAGAAGUA